CAUCUUUCCCGCGCGAGUGGUUCGCAGUCGUUCGUGUUCGAACGCACAACGCGCGCCUGUUGAUCGCCGGCUCCACGUCGCGAGCGUUAUUUCUUCCAGUAAAUCGCCCCGAGACGUACGCCGGAAUGGAGUACCAGGAGCCACGCGAACAUAGCAUCGAUUUCAUCGAGGCUGAACUGGUCCCGGAGAUGGUGCACGCUCGUUGCUUCUGCGACAAGGAUUCGCGGGAGUUCGUCGAGUUCGAGUCGGCCACCGUUCGUCUGGUCGAGUUGAGUCGCACCAGCGAGAUUUAUCGCGUGGAAGCGAUCGUCAGGUUCUCCGGUGAAUCCCGUGGCUUCCCGCUGCUGGUGAAAAUGCUACCAGAGGACACGGACCGGUCGGGGACCGCGUUCGACGCUUACCAAAACGAGGAGAUGUUCUACUCGAAGAUGACCGCCAAGUACGGAACCGAUCUCUCCCCGAAGUGUUACUUGGCCGAUCUGGGCCGAUACGGGCGACCCGUUAUUGUCCUGGACGACCUGGAGGCGGUCGAUUACGCGCCCGCGGACGGGGAAUUGGACGAGGACCGUUUGAGAUUGUGCGUGAAAGUUUUGGGAAAGUUUCACGGCCGGGGGCUGAGACUGAAGGCAACGGAACCUGACGUCUUCAGAGAAUACGAGUCAAAACUGCUCGAGAUCGCUCUCACCGAUGAAUCGAUGGCGCAAUACGAAAAGAGAUCGAACAGGUUGAUGGACACGCUCGAAUCGUUGCCGGAUUCAAGGUUGGCCGAAAACGUCAGAAAGAAGCUGAACAAAAGCCCGCUAGAGACUCUGAAGAGCAUCGUGUCAGAGGUGAACGAGAUCUCGACGAUCUGCCACGGUCAUUUUUCACACGAUAAUCUGCUGUUCAAAUACCAGAACGGGAAACCUAUUGACGUGAAGGUGAUCGACUGGCAAACAAUGAGGUACUGCUCGCCGGCUGUCGAUCUGGGACCCAUUCUACUGUAUAACAUGAAGCGUGAAAAUGGACCGACGGAGCUGCAGGAGAUCCUUGCGUUGUACGCGGAGAGCGUGAAAUCUGAAUAUCCAGAGAUAUCCAUCGAAAGAUUAACGGAAAAUAUCGUCGACAAGUUUCUCUUCGCGUGCCUUAUCUUGUCCUUCCAAGAGCACAUCAGCGACGAAGAGUUCACACAGAUUAUAUUGCACUUGGAACGAUUGAACGUCUUUGAUUGAACGAGAUAUCCCCCGUUUGGCUUCGUUCGAUGAAUGUCAUCGUUUUUAACUUUACGACACCGAGACUGUCUGUUUUUAUACAAGUAUCUUUAGGUGUCCUUACAGACUUUUUAUAUUUUGCGCUGCUAUUCGUAAUGUACAUCAACGAAGCAGAUUUAAUAAAAUAAUCGU